AUGGAUAAUUCUUCACAAUCUUCACAAGGAUUCUUGCUGCUUGACUAUAGCCAAGAUGAAUUACAAGAGGAUUUAAUAAAUGUUGAGGACAUGAUUUUAUCAAAUGAUGAAAAAGAACACGACAAUGAUUCUGUGUUCGACUUAGAGCAAAGCCUAUAUGAGUAUGCUCUAGCUUCAGCAGAAUUUAAAAAUAACCCAUGGAAAGAAUUUAGUGCAGAAGACAUACCAAUUUUGCAAGAAAUAAGUAACGAGGAAACUGGCGAUAAAUAUACUGAAGAGAUUCCUGCGAUUAAGACAAAACAAACUACACCAUACGUCAUAAUUGAUAAUGAUCAUGGAGAAAUACGACGCUGUAAUAGAGAAUCUGCUAAGGGAUUGUGA